GUCCUUUUCCCGUCAGCUUCAGGUAGCUCCUUAUAAAGAGAGAGACUCAACUCUGCCCCUCUAGCACUGUAACUAGGGCCAAGGAUCACACAGGAGAGCUGUGCUAUGCACACUCCCGUACAUGCACUCAUCUCUUAACGGAGUCAACCAGUCUCUGGUGUUCAGUCCUACGAAUGAUCCGAUGAUGGGGAUCCUUGGAAAUGGCACCGUCCUCCCGAACGGGAGCGAUCCUUUCGGUAGAAACGAAGAGGUCGCAAAAAUAGAGAUAACGGUCCUGAGCAUCACCUUUGUGGUGGCCGUGAUUGGGAACGUCAGUGUCUUGCUGGCCAUGUACAACACUAAGAAAAAGACGUCGAGAAUGCACCUCUUCAUCCGGCACCUUAGUAUUGCUGACCUAGUGGUCGCCUUCUUUCAGGUCCUGCCGCAGAUAUGCUGGGAGAUCACCUUUCGCUUCUACGGACCAGAUUUCCUGUGCAGGAUAGUGAAGCACCUCCAGGUGAUGGGCAUGUUCGCCUCCACCUACAUGAUGGUGAUGAUGACCCUGGACCGUUAUAUCGCCAUCUGCCACCCUCUGAAAACCCUCCAGCAGCCCACCCAGCGGUCUUACAUCAUGAUCAUUAGCACCUGGAUGAGUAGUCUGGUCCUCAGCAUGCCGCAGUACUUUAUAUUCUCCCUGAGUGAGAUCAAGAACGGUUCGGAGGUAUACGACUGCUGGGGCCACUUCAUAGAACCGUGGGGCGUAAAAGCAUACAUUACUUGGAUAACCGUUGGCAUCUUCCUCAUCCCCGUGUUCAUUCUGAUGAUAUUCUACGGGUUCAUCUGCCACAGCAUAUGGAAAAAUAUCAAGUAUAAGACCAAGAAGACACCCGUGGGAGGUGCGUCUAAAAACGGUCUAAUGGGAAAGAACUCCGUUAGCAGCGUCACCACUAUAUCCAGAGCGAAGUUGAGAACGGUCAAAAUGACUUUUGUGAUUGUUGUGGCGUACAUUAUUUGCUGGUCACCUUUCUUCAUCGUACAGAUGUGGUCGGUUUGGGAUGAGAACUUCGCAUGGGAUGAUUCUGAGAACACGGCUGUCUCACUGUCUGCGCUCCUCGCGAGUCUUAACAGCUGCUGUAACCCGUGGAUAUACAUGAUCUUCAGCGGGCAUCUCCUACACGACUUCACUCACUGUUUCCCGUGCUGUAAUAACUUACGCCACAAGUUCAAGAAAGAGGACUCUGACAGCAGUCUCCGGAGAAAUACGCUAUUGAGUAAAAUGACCAACCGGAGCCCAACAUGCAGUUCGGGCACAUGGAAAGACCCUGACAACUCGACCAAGUCUUCCGUUCCAUCUAUCCAAACGGAGACCUAACACAGCGCGUUUUAAAAGCACAAACACACGACAGAGAUGAUUUAUAGUUAAUUAACUCUUAUUGACUUGACAAUUAUACAACUUUCAAGGCACCACUUAAAACCGUUGAGAUAUUGACGCUGAUUGAUUAUUUCAUGUGUCUCUAAAAUAUAUUUGUGAUUAUGAAGUGGUUUUGGGGUUUAUUGUCUGGUAUGCCAGUCUUGACAACGUCAAAGUGAUAAACUAUUUAUUCUGGUAUAAACCAUUAUUAUAUAUGUGUGCCAUAUACAGUCCAGUGUUUCAUCAGGUUCAAAACCUGAUUCUCUGGAGUCUACUAUUGUUAAUAAUGACUGAAUUAGGCUACAUCAGAUCUGAAUUUGAAAAUGUAUAGUGGAAAAGAAACAGGUCAUCUGAACAUAUUUACAUUUCCAACAGCCACAGCUAUAUCACCUGAGUUCUUUUUCUUUUUCACAUCCUAUAACAUUCCACAUUCCAGAGUCCUCUUUUCUAUGUAUUCUGAGUUGACAUGAUCCAGCCUAGGGAUUUCUACAGCAAAACCCAGACCACUUCGGAUGACAAAUUACAGAUCCGUGACCAAGAUGCAUGAUUUAGAUUAUCACAGUCAUGCAUGCUAUUAAAAGUAAAUGCACUUUUCUUUUGAUAACAGUUAGCCUGCUGUUUGUUUGUGUGUGUGACUAUGUGUUGGCCAUAUAUGCCCAGUGAGCCUAUCUCUCAGUGUGAAAUUAAAUACAUUUGGCCCUCACUGUUUACAAACUAACAUAGGUAGGUGCCUGUCUGCCGGCCUGGUUGACUUCUACACAGACCCCCCAUGGUGUGUUGUGGUCAGAAUGGCUCUUCCAUUAGCCACGUCUUCUAGUAACCAAGAGGAUCAGCUCUUUUAGGUGUCUGACCUUAUUUUGUCCUGUGUCUCCCAACUACUGUUUUGCAUCCUGUUUUGCAUCCUUGUUUUUCAAGCCUGAACCAAAGAUAAAUGGAUUCUGGAUAAAAGCUGCAUGUGUGCUGAAAUCAGGAUCUCAAUUCUACCUCACAUUGGACCAUUUUCCAUCCUUUUCUUCAGUGACUAUUUCCCAAAACAAUUCGUAGCUCAUAAAUCUAUGAGAAAUUGUUUCUGCUGCAUUUAGAACCUUUAAAAAAAUGACCUUAAUCUAAAUGUCCAUUGGAACAUUAUCAUUAGUCAUCUCGUUUAUACAGUUCACCAAUGUCGUUAAGGCCGUCAUUGUAAAUAAAAAUGUGUUCUUACCUGACUUGCCUAGUUAAAUAAAGGUUAAAUAUAUAUAUAUAUUUUUAAAUAACCCCUAGUUAAAUCACUGGCCUCCGUGGCUGGAGCAUCUGUGGACAAUGUUGAGAGACCAGAUGUGACUGUCCCUCAGCUUGAGAAUAACUAACUGGUUGUGCCAUGUACUAUGUAUGCAUUAACCUCAUUAACCGUAUUUUCCUACAAAGAGAGAAUUGUCUGGUGGAUGAGAUGAACUGUGUAUGAAUGUAUGUUUAGGGGGUGAAGUGAGUGAAAUAGUAGCGGCCGUUUGAGAAGAAAUAGAGCCUACUGUUCUGUAUAAGCCAUACUGUAUGUAUGUCUUUAUAUAUAU